AUGUCUGUGACUCUCCAUGUGAGUCUUAUCAGUGGACGAGCGGCUUCCUUGGAACUUCGACUGGAUGCUUCUAUUUCUGUUUUGAAGCAGCGUGUGCAGAGUGCCCUGGCUGUCGGUGGAGGAAAACUGCUCGACCAGCGGGGGGUCGUGUUGCACGGAGCCGCGACCAUUGAAGACAGUGGUUUACGAGAAGGUGACGCGCUGACAUUUCAUGUUGGACAGGUUCGCAUAUCAGCCUGUAGCGCCGCUGCCGCGGCCAUCCUAGAAGACGGUUCGGUCAUGAGUUGGGGCGACGCUGAGUUUGGCGGUGAUAGCAGCGCGGUUUGUAGCCAGCUACAGAACGUAGUAAACAUCCAAGCUGCAAGUGAUGCGUUUGCUGCAAUCCUCGCGGACGGAUCUGUUGUUUCUUGGGGCGAUGAGGACGGUGGGGGCGACUGCAGUGCCGUGCAGCACCAACUCAAGAACGUCCAGAAGAUCCAAGCCUCCCUCAACGCAUUUGCUGCAAUUCUGGAUGACGGAUCUGUGGUGACUUGGGGGAAUCCUGAAUUUGGCGGUGACAGUCGUCAUGUGCAGGAGCAGCUGCAGAAUGUGUCCCAAGUUCAAGCCAACGAGAGGGCCUUUGCCGCAAUCGCAGGAGAUGGUUCCGUGGUGACCUGGGGCGAUGUCGACUAUGGAGGCAGCACCGCAGGUUCUGUGAAGAUUCAAUUGAAGAGCGUUCAACGCAUCCAAGCUUCUGAGAGCGCGUUUGCUGCGAUUCUCUACGAUGGAACUGUGGCGACAUGGGGGGAUGUGUGGCACGGAGGCGAUUGCAGUUUCGUGCAAGAGCAGCUGUACGGAGUGCAGCGAAUUCAGGCCGGUAGUUGUGCCUUUGCUGCCAUUCUGGAGGAUGGAUCCGUCGUCACUUGGGGUGACAUGGAGUAUGGAGCUGACAGUAGCGCUGUUCAAAGCCUGUUGCAGGACGUGCAAGAGAUCCAAGCUUCGCACACAGCCUUUGCUGCGAUCCUCGGUGACAGGUCAGUUGUGACGUGGGGUUCCAGUGACCGUGGCGGUGACUGCUCUGCCGUCCAAGAACAGCUUCAUGAUGUUCAGUGCAUCCAAACUACGGGCCAUGCCUUUGCUGCUCUUCGUGUCGAUGGGUCUGUGGUGACGUGGGGCCAUGCUCAAAAAGGUGGCGACAGCAGUGCUGCACAAGAUCAACUCACCAAGGUUCAGCAGCUCCAAGCUUCUGAAGGGGCUUUUGCCGCGAUCCUGGAAGACCGAUCCGUCGUUGCUUGGGGACUUGCAGAUUACGGUGGUGACGACUCAGAGCUCUACGACUUGCAGGACGUGGAGCAACUCCAAGCGUGCGAAAGAGGAUUCGCUGCUGUCCGGGGCGACGGCUGCAUUGUCACUUGGGGGGACCCCGUCUGCGGAAGACCGGAAUAA